AUGAUAAGGGGGUUUGUUUACAUUUGCUAUGGCGAUCAAUGAGUUUUAAAUCUAUCGUACGAAAUAAAAUAUGGCGUCUUCAAAACACGGUUUAUGACGGCGAUACUUUAUCAAAAUCAAAAGCUUGCAAAUUGGGAGCACGGCUCCGUAUAAGUUAGAGGAUUAGUUAAUUAAACUAGGUAAGUCAUUACUGUUAAUUAGAACAACUGUCUAUACUGUAAGAAAGUUUUAUGCAUGCAACAAUUUAUAAGAAAUUCAGUAUAGGCUGUGUAUACCUGUCUUGACUUUGUUUGAUAAAAUAUAAAGAUCUUUCUGAUUGCAAAUUCAUGCAUGUUCAAAUCGCUAAGAGUUGAUUUGUCCCUGCCACCAGGGGGACAGGUCUGUUGCCCUCUAACAAAGAUUGAUGGAACUAUGAACUAAUUUUACUUCAAUCAUAAUGCACAUCUCCGUCGAUCACGCUGAUAUGUGCUAUUAUUAAAUGAAACAUGGAUUCGGGAAGGGACCCCCCGAUUUGAUUUCGACGUUCUUGAAACGAAUGGUUUACAAUUUAAUCACAGAGGUGUGUAAAAUGCAUUUGAUCUGCCAAAAUCUUGUCAGGCUAGAUCCGAAAUACGGAAUUAGUUAAAGAGUUUAAAUACGUAAUCCAGAACUUCUGUACGGUCUCGGGGGUUUGCCUGUGAAUAUCCAUAUAUCAGUGAAAUUCUUCUUGCAGAGAACAGCAAUUGCCAUGAAAUGGAUCUAGAAAAUAUCUCGAAUAAGCUUCAUUACCACAUCGAGGAGGGGGAAUUAAGAGACAUACAACUUCUGCUGGACCCCAUUGUCGACAAGGAUGCCAUUCAACGGAUUGAGGAGAAGUUUUUGCAAAGACACCCCGCAACAGACCCUGUUAACCUAGCAAUAUCGCACAAACACGAACAAAUUGCGAUCUACUUAGUGGAAAAGGAAUUCUCCAUAGACAGAAUAUUUCACUGGGAUAAUCAGAAUUGUGAUCAGUGGUGCUAUUACGAUCACGGGAUUGACAUUUGUGCAUCAGAGUACACAGCGGCGGAUCAUGCUGAAAAACAAAAUCUGUACAAACUAAAUCAACUCAUCAACGAGAUCCGCCAAGGAAAAAGAAAGCCGGGCCAAAGUCUGACAGUGCUCAAUAUACCGAACUAUGUGACCAAGUCCGCGGGCAAAUCACACCAGGUCAAGUCAGAGAGGCAUUUAUUAAAUAUGGAAGCACCCAGGAGAAAGGAAGUAGAGGAUGCUCACGAAAUACUCGAAAAAUACGGGAAAAAUUUCACUACGAGGGACGGAAACACACUCCUGCAUGUACACCUACAAAAACCGAGAGUGUACAUCUACAUCUUCGCCAGUGCUGGCGUCCCAGUGAACAUUCAAAACACAGAUGGUGAUACAGCCCUUCACAUUGCUGUCCGUCAGGGCCUGCUGGAAUCUGUGGAGGCGCUACUGCAGUGUUGUGCUGACCUGAACACCAGGAAUAAAAUGGGGAUGACAGCAAUCGAUGAGGUUGAUCCCAAACAAGAGGCCAUGGCAGCCAUGUUAAACACUUUCAAGCCCGGCAUAGUGUCUGCCGUUUGCAAAGGCAAUAUUAGGAGCGUAGAGAUAUACAAGCGCUUUUGGGGUAGCACAGAAGCGGUGGCCAACAAGCCCGGGAUAGUGGAAGCUGUAUGCUCAGGAAAGAACCAUAUAUUAGAUCGAUUACUGAAACGAUCUUGGUGCAGUUUGUGCAGCAUUGUUAAGGAGGGCAGAACUCUCCUAGAACUGGCAGAAGCAAAGGCCAUGACGCUAAAGGGCACAGUCGCCAACUGCUUCCGAAUUCUACAGGAAUACAGAAGAACGAGUGAGCUAAUCCACGCUGUUUUGUGUGAGGAUGUCGACACAGUCCGAAGCAUCAUUAUGACAGAGAAAGGCUGGGCUGUCAACGUUAGGUUUAAGGAUCGGAUCGGGAAGACAUUGUUAUCUCAAGCCAUCGAGGCGAACAACCUGGAACUGGUUAGCCUUCUAGUGGACGCUCCAGCCAGGGCCAAAAUAACGGGGAUCAGAGUUCGGGAACAUGAAGAGACAAAUGUAACGGUGCCAUUAUUCCACAAGUCUCUUCAUCUAGACAUCAAUAUAGACAUCGCUAAAUACCUCCACUCCGUCAUGAAGGACCCAUCCGAACACUCAGAAAAAGACAAGAACGGCAACACGGCAGUAUUACGAGCGAUCGAGAAUGACUGCACUGUCAAGUUUGUCCAGUGGUUGAUCCAGUGUACGAAAGGGUUCUGUCUAAUGGACAGGAACAAGGAUGCCCUGACCCCGAGGGAACUAGCAAAAGCUCACGACAGAGACGACAUAGUGAAAAUGAUAGACAAAUAUAUUAUAGAGAAAAUGAUACCAGUAAAUAUACCCAAAUUUUCCGGAUGUUUUUUCAAAGAAAAAGACUUCGUCAAUAUCAUAGAUGAGCAAACUGGAAGAACGCUAGCUGAGGUAGCUUUAGACGACGAUCGAUUUGAUGCCCGAAAAUGGCUAAAUUUUCAUGAUGUACAGAAUCAUGCAAUUCGCCUUUUUGAGGCAGCGUGUCUGGGAAAUGUGGACAUCGUGGAGAAGACGUAUGAUUCAAACUACAAGGACAAGAAUGGCUACACAGCUAUGAUAAGGGCGAUUGCUUUCCAGCAGUACGAUGUGGUUCGCUUCCUGUGUAUCACCAGACCCACUCUCAAGUCUGUCCCCGAUAACUGCAAUAGAUACCCACUACAUUAUGCCUAUGCACUACCAGAGUCUUAUGGUCCAGAAUCAGAUGGUGUAAAGUUAAUCAAAUUGUUAUUAGAACAAAAUCCACAGGCAAUAGAGCAAAAAGUAGACAAGGACGGUCGCUCUCCUGCGGAUUACGCGAAGAUUAGAGAUACUCUGGAAAUACAGAAAAUGUUGUAUGAUGCCAGAACUUUGGAUCUCUAUGGAAAGAGAGGUCCACCCCUAGGUCCCUGGCCAGACGGUGCGAGUCGAAGACCACCAGACGAAAACCAGCCGAUGGAUUACCUUGACGUCAUGUGAUCUAGACGUCAUGUGAUCAGGAUGUCGUGUGAUCUGGACAUCAUGAACUAGUGCAUAUAAGGAACAAUGCAGUUUUGUUGUGAUUACUAAAGCAAGCUCAACAUCUUAGAAUGUUCUUUUUCUUUUUUUCCCCCCUUUUUUUUCAUUUACAAUAAAUUUAUAUUCCCAAUA